CCUCCCCGGGGCCCGACGGGGCGGGCAGGUGGGCAGCCUCUGCGGGCGCGGCGCCGGAGUCCCUCUUGCAGCCCCGGCCAGGAUGCGACCCUCCGCGCUGGCCCCCUGGGCGCUGUGCCUGGCGCUGGGGCUCCUGCCCGCAGGCGGCUUCGUGCUGCACCUGGAGCUGGACUGCUCGCUGGCCGCCGACGGGCGCCUCCUGUGGGCCAACUGGACGGCGGCCUUCAACAAGAUGGCCUUCCUCUGCUACGCGGCCGACUUCCAGGAGUUCGUCCCCUGCGGGCUGGGCUACUACCCGGACUGGGACGCCGCCGCCGGCCAGCUCUCCGAGCAGCUGGACCAGCUCCUCCCCGCCUGGGGCCGGAGCAUGGAGGACGCCUGCCGGCAGCAGAUGGGCCCGCUGUGGGGGGCCGCGGGGGCCCGGCGGACACCCCCAAACAUCCUCAUUUCCCCGGUCUCCCCUCUGAACACGCCGGCCCCUGUCAUGCUGGCCUGAACGUGGGGCUUCUACCCACCGGACGUGAGGGUCACCUGGCUGCGGAACGGGGCCUUUCUGAAGAACAGCUCGGGCAUCCCGGUGGUCUCCAACGGGGACUGGACCUACCAGACCCGGCUGAGCCUGCCUGUCCAGCCCCGGGGUGGGGACGUCUACACCUGCUCGGUCGACCACGGCAGCCUCCAGCAGCCCCUGAAAGUGGAUUGGGAGCCUGGCCUGACCCCAGAGGUGAAGGUGAAGGUGGGGGUCUCUGCCGCAGUGCUGGGCGUGGGUGUCGUCUUCCUCCUGGCUGGCAUCAUCUGCUGGAACAGGCGGGCACCUGAAGGUUAUACUCCGAUUGAAGGCAGCAAUUACCCCCCAGUCGACUCCUAGCUCCACGAGAACUCAGAUGCCUCCUUACCUGGCUGAUCUCAGCAGGAGGCCACACCUCAGGACUCCUGGCUGCUUCUGAGCCACCUACGCAGAAUCGUGGCAUGGGGGAGGGGAACCCCCCCUAUACUGGGGCAGGAACACAGCAGGGACCCCCUCCCCUGCAGGCCAACCUUGCAGACAGCGGUGAAGAUUCUCUCUCUCCCCCCCCCCACAUGUCUGGAUCCUUAAAUUCUCCGGUGCUACCUCCGUAUUUGAUCUUUUGGGGGGUGUAAAACACCCAUUCCCUUCCGUUCCAGAUGUGCCUGCGAGUGAUGAACAGCUGUUCCCCUGAAUUCAGAAAAACUCCAAAGAAACUUGUUGCACUUUCUGACCCAAUAAAGCAUUCCU